AUGCAGAUUUCCCUUCGUAUUGAUCCAAACAGACUACAGUUCUUUGAAUAUGAAUCCAUCUCAUUUUAUUGUGAGGGUUUCCGCGGUACAACGGAAUGGAGAGUGAUGAAAAAGAUUCUCUCGAAUACUACUCGAUGGGCUACAUCGAAAGGGUUCUUGAACAUUAAAGUAGCCUUUGAAUCACACAGUGGAGAAUACUGGUGUGAAAAUGGAGAGGGAGAGAGAAGCAACAGCGUUAACAUCACGGUUACUGCUGGUGAUGUGAUCCUGAAGAGUCCUGCUAUCCCUGUGAUGGAACAACAGACUAUCACUCUGCGCUAGAAAAAGGUGACAUCCGACAGCCUCGCAGCCGAUUUCUACAAAGAUGGCCACUUCAGUGAGACUGGAUACACAAGCCAGAUGACCAUUCACAAUGUUUCCAAGUCCAAUGAAGGACUUUACAAGUGCAAAAUCAGCGGAUUUCGAAGAGCAUCACCAGAGAGUAGGCUGGCCGUCACAGGCACAAUUCUGAUGAACUGA